AUGAAUCUGUCAUCGUACGGCAACAUGUCCAGUGUUCAGCGUUUCAUUGAUUCUUUCAGUGGAGUUGUGACCAAGUGUGUCAUUGUUUUAAUUCUUGGCCUGAUCAUCAACUUUAUCAAUGGUACUCUGAUUCACACAUUCAGAAAACACGAGGUGUUCUAUUUGGAGCCUCGUUACAUCCUAUUCAUCCACCUGGUGGUGAAUGAUAUCAUCCAGCUUACAACAUCAGUCAAACUGUUUGUCUUUAAUUACAUUUCCUACAAAAUUAAUGCUGCAUUCUGCUGCUUUAUCAUUAACAUCGCCGUCUUGGCCACGGCCAACACGCCAUUAAAUUUAGCCGUUAUGUCAUUAGAGCGCUACAUUGCCAUUUGUUUGCCACUCAGACACGCUGACCUCUGCACCAUAAAAAGAACAUAUAUUGUGAUUGGUUGGAUCUGGGCCAUGGGUUUACUACUGGCGUUGCAAGAUUUGUUCAUUACUGUCGCAACACAACCCACAGAAUUUUUCUAUUCUCCAACUUUGUGUCGAAGAGAUUUCCUUUUCAAACAGCCAGUAAUCUUCAGAGAUGUCUCUUAUAUAAUUUACCUUGUUAGUAUUUGGAUGACUCUAUUUUAUACUUAUUUAAAGGUUUUCUUUGCUGCUAAAACUGCUGAUGCAGAUGCAAAGAAAGCCAGAAAUACCAUCAUUCUUCACAGCAUUCAGCUACUCCUGUGUAUGCUAACUUAUAUAUACCCUUUUUUAGGCAAGGCUUACUUGUUCUCGAUCCCUAGAAAUGAUUUUGUACAACUACACUUUGCUGUCUACAUCAUCGUCCAGAUUCUGCCAAGGCUUAUCAGUCCCAUUUUGUACGGACUUCGAGACAGAACAUUUCGGCAGUAUUUGAAGCAGUACUUGCAGUGCACUUUGAGAGUAAAGCAUCAGAAUUAA